AUGCGUUGUUCUACUCUUUUUGUGGCCCUCUCCGCCGCGGCCGGCGUCCUUGCCACUGCCUUCGGUGAACUUCCGGCAGGCGUCCCACGCAAUGUCCAUGAGUUUCGCCUGAAGCACCCUUAUAAGUCGAAUGGAGGUGGUAGCGACCACGCAGAUGGACAACGACCUAUUGUCAAGAUCCGGCCCUCCAGGAACGCCACCGACGGUGUGGCCGACGAGUUCCUCAAGGGCUUGCACAAGGCUAAUCAUGGUGGCACUCUCUACUUGCCGAAAGGAGAGCUGUACAUUAUCGACAAGCCGCUCGACUUGACCUUUUUGGACGACGUACAAGUUCAUUGGGAUGGUGAAGUCAAGUUCACAGACGACACUCCAUUCUGGCAAGCCAAUGCCUUCGCCCAUCCUUUCCAGAACUCUCUAAUGUUCUGGAAAUGGGGAGGCAAGGACAUCAAGCUUUACGGCGAGGGCAUUCUAAACGGAAACGGCCAACGGUGGUGGAAUGAGUUCGCCGGGCUGGAGAUUUUGGACCCCGACAACGAAUACCUCAGACCCAUCCUGUUCUACGCCGAGAACGCAACCAACCUUGAGAUGGAGGGUAUUCAUGAAAAGGACAGCCCCUGCUGGACCAACUUCAUCGUCACCUCCAAGGGUGUCUCGUUCACCAACGUCAUUGUCACCGCUGAGUCCAACAACGCGAGCUCCUUGCCCAAGAACACGGAUUUCUUCGACUCUCUGAAUGUCGAGGAUGUCACAGUCGAGCGUGUCUGGGUAAACAUUGGCGAUGAUUGCUUCUCGCCUAAGUCCAAUGCUACCAACAUCCACGUUGAUACCAUGUACUGCAAUGGUACACAUGGCCAAUCUAUGGGAUCUGUCGGUCAAUACGCCGGCGAAAAGAGCUUCAUCCAGGACGUGGUCAUUGAGAAUGUUUGGUUGCUCAACGGUCAACACGGUGCCCGUAUCAAGACCUGGGCUGGACCGGACGUUGGUUACGGUUUCGUCGACAACAUCACCUUUCGAAACUUCUGGCAAGCAGCCAAUGAAUACGCUGCCUUCCUCGACUCGUGCUACUUCAACAUCGACGCAUCCACUUGUGAGCAGUACCCGUCGCAGAUGAACAUAACCAAUAUCCUGUUUGAGAACUUCACCGGUUACACGAGCGGAAAAUACGGCACAGCCGUUGCCAGGCUCACCUGCUCGGCCAACCCCGACGCCGUGUGCGAUAAUAUUACGUUCAAGAACUUCAACAUCACCUCUCCCUGCGGCGAGGCAGUCAUCAUCUGCGAUGAUAUUCGUGGCGGAAUAGGUGUUGACUGCGUGCCGUCCAACUCGACCGAGGCGACUGCUGCCCUGGCCGCCACUUGCACUGUUCCUCAGGCUACCAUCGCGCCCCCUUUCUAA